GCCCAUGGCUUUAUACCUUUUGAAACGACAGCAUGGACAAGGCAAGGCAAGUGUGCACAGAGAGCUGGAAUUGCUGUCAUUACCACCACAGAGGUUGAAUCUCUGACGUCACCUUCCACUAAGGGGCUGAGAGGAGAGACACAGAGAGAGAGAGAGAGAGAGAGGAGGAGGGAUAAUAGCAUCUGCUGAGCAGCUAUGGAAGAGGAGAGGAACUGUGGGCACAGCAGCAAGCACCGGGAAAAGAAUGUGACUACCCAGCACAGACAGAUGGAUCCUAAUGUGUUUGGUGUGGAGCAAUAUGUAUUUGUAGCACCGCCUUCUCCUGAACCACCUCCCAGACCUACUUAUUUGACCUCUCCUCGGCUCAGCCCUGCAGGCUCAGGUCGAUCGCAACCUGAGGGAUCAAGUGGGUCACAAACUCCAUUCCCAGGAGUACAACUGUCUGUUCGCCCUCUUUCUCCUGUUGGUGCAUCUGCACCUGAUCGUUCCCAGCCAGAGGGAUCUCAGAGAACCCACCCAGUGGGAUCACCAGUCAAUCCCAGAGUAGAAUGUGGCAGAUCCCAGCCUGAGGGUUCCUGUCCUGGCCUUCUGUCCCCCACUCAACAGUACCGACCACUGCCUCCUCCACCACCAUCUCCACAUCGCUCUCCUGCUCCUAGCCCCUGUGGGCAACCGGAACGUAGGAGAUCACACACUACGUUAACAUUCACAGGGUCCCAGGAGCCACGUCAAAGGUCUAAUUCAACUCAACAUAGAUUAGAGGCAACAGAAAGGUCAAUUUCCAGUGAGCUACCACUAGGUAGUGAACAAGAAAAAAAUAGUGAGGAUUUCAGGACAUAUGUGAUGACUUGGAAUGUUGGCUGCUCAGUUCCUCCUUCUGACCUUACCUCCCUUCUCUGUCUCAAUGCAGGAGAUGGAAAAACAGAUAUGUUUGUCAUUGGGUUACAGGAGGUUAAUUCUAUGAUCAAUAAGCGUCUUAAGGACGCUCUGUUCUCUGAUCAGUGGAGUGAAGUCUUCAUGGAUGUCCUGAGUCCUUUCAGCUAUGUGCUGGUCAGCUCAGUGAGGAUGCAGGGAUGUCUUCUGUUGGUGUUUGCAAAGUAUUUUCAUUUGCCUUUUCUGCGGGAUGUACAGACAGACUGCACAAGGACCGGCUUAGGAGGGUACUGGGGAAACAAGGGUGGAGUCAGUAUUCGCAUGUCCCUAUUUGGUCACAUGGUGUGUUUCCUGAACUGUCAUUUGCCAGCUCAUAUGGAGAACUCUGACCAGCGAGUGGAUAAUUUCGAAAGCAUUCUACAGCUUCAGCAGUUCGAGGGGCCACUGGCAAACGGUGUGCUGGAUCAUGACCUCGUCUUCUGGUUUGGAGAUCUGAACUUUCGAAUAGACGAUCUGGAUUUACAUUUUGUGAAAUCUGCCAUCCAUGGCAGCAAAUUAGCUUUAUUAUGGGAAAAAGAUCAGCUUAAUAUGGCAAAAUGUUAUGAGCCAGUGCUAAGUGGAUUUCUGGAGGGACCUUUGACAUUCCCCCCAACCUACAAAUAUGAUGUUGGGACCAAUACGUAUGAUACUAGCUCUAAGAAGAGGAAGCCUGCUUGGACUGAUCGCAUCUUGUGGAAAAUGAAGAAUCCUGUUUCCCACAAUCCUACAGAAAGUCCGGGUAUAUGCAGCACCAAUUCAGAGAACUUGACAGUAACCCUACUGAGUUAUGGAAGUCACAUGCAGUACACAGAAAGUGACCACAAGCCGGUCUCUGCUAUUUUCUCCCUACAGUUGUGUCCAACUCGUGUGGCCCCUCUAGUCAGUUUGUGGGUACGUGAUGAAUGGUUGCAGCCUGUAGAUGCCUGUGUUACCUAUCGGUGGUCCCCAGCGUAUAUGAAGACCUCUUGGGACUGGAUUGGACUUUACAAACUUGGAUUUCGACAUCACAAAGAUUAUGUAGCUUAUGUUUGGGCAAAGUCUGAAGAAGAAACAGAUGGAGGAAGACAACAACAGGUUAUGUUCAGCGAAGAAUCUCUGCCCAAGGGUGUUGGUGAAUAUCUCCUUGCCUAUUUCAGCAACAACCUGGGAACCUUGAUUGGGGUGACAGAGCCAUUUCAGAUAUCUCUACCUGGCUCUGACGUCGGUUCGUCUUCUGAUAGCUCGGACUCCAGCUCUGAAGAGGAUGAUAGCACCCAUGUCCUUCUCAGACCCAAAUCUCGUAGCCCCAGCCCAGCUGCUGCUCGCUCUCCAAGGAGCAGAAGCCCAGGCCUUUCCCGUCUGCACGACCUUAUCAUACCCAACUCUUCACGUCAAAAGAGUCGUAGCCCAUCCCCACAUGGGGCUAAGAGUCCUAAGCAUGAGAGACCCCAGAGGUCCCGCUCUAGGGAUGCUGCCUUUGACCGAAAGGGUAGCAAAGUUCGUAGUUUGUAUCAAUCUCAGUCAAUUCCCAUUCCUAUUCCAAGACCUGCAGUUGUUGGAUUUAACGCAAUAGAAACCACACUCACCAGUCCCAAAUCACCCUCACAAAAUUCAACCCUUCAGGCUGCUUCCCCACCACACCCUCACACUUAGCCAGAAGGAAGACAAAGAGUUCUGUAAGGUCCUUUCAUUUUGUAGUCCUUUGCUCUAGGUUGGCAGUUUGCACAGAUUCGUGUAUUGACAGCAUCUCUAUACUGUGCAUCAAAGAUGUCUUUUAUUUUCAGCCUGAUUGUAGGAUUGUAAAGGCAGAUUAUAAGAGUAACCAGUAUAAAAAAUGAACACUGGAUAUUUUGUAGCUUUUAUUAAUAUAUUCUGAUCUUGUUGCUGCCCAUCAAACUGGGAAGGGUUGUAAGGACAUUUCCAAACAAUAAAAGUCCAUCAUUCUACAUUAAAAACGAUUAUUCAAAAGUGGAAAACAUUCAAGAUAGUUGCCAAUCUUCCAACGAGUGGACGUCCCAGCAAAUUCACUGCAAUGUCAGAGAACUUUUUAAUGCUCAGAGAGAUUGCAAAACAUCCAAGAGCUUAGAGUUACAUCUGAGACUCUACAGGCCUUAGUUAGCAUGUUAAAUGUAAAAGUUCAUGACAGUACAAGAAGAAAAAGACUGAACAAGUAUGUUUUGUUUGGAAGGGUUGCCAGGAAAAAAGCAUCUUCUCUAAAAAGAGCAUGGCAGCACGGUUUAGGUUUGUAAACAAACCACAGGGCUUCUGGAACAGUGUCCUUUGGACAGAAGAGACCGAAGUGGGGAUGUUUGACCAUAAUGCACAGCACUACGUUUGGUGAAAAACAAACACAGCAUGUCAGCACAAACACUUCUUACCAACUGUCCAGCACGGUGAUGGAGGGGUGAUGAUUUGGGCCUGUUUUACAGCCACAGGAAUUGGAAACCUUGCAGUCAUUGAGUCAACCAUGUACUCCUCUGUAUACCAAAGUAUUCUAGAGUCAAAUGUGAGACCAUCUGUCCUACAGCUCAAGAAACAGAUGAUUGUUAUUAUGUCCUAAUGUAUAAUUCGAUAGAAUUCAAGGAGCGUGUACUUUCUUUUUCUCAUGACUGUACCUGACUAGUGUAUAUUGAUAUAUGCUACAACAAAUCAAAAUUCAGAUAUUCUUGGUAGGUCCUCUUUCACAUUUCCACAGUAUUUUCACGGUCAGAAAUGUUUUGCCAAAAUAGUAACUUAAAGCAUUUCAUCUGUUUAAAAAUAUAUUCCUAGUGUGUUAAUGUCUCAGGUCACACAGAAACGUUAAAAUAUUUCAUUUUAUAUUUAUCCUAAAAUUAAAUAUUUUUGUUUGACCGUUAUCUAAUACUACACCAUUUUAGCCUAUGAAGUGAAGGAGCAGCCCAACCAACAUUACUAGUAUUUAGAAUUCUUACCAUAUGUAUAACAAAUAAAAACUGUAAUACAGACCUGUACUCAGCCUUUCUAGCUAAGCAGGCUAGUAGUUUGUACAUAUGUAGUAGGGACACAGUAGACAUCAUAUAUAUAUUACAAAUCAGAUAGCACUAUGUGCUAAUGAAGAAGUGCCCUGUGAUUGUCAUUGACUAGAAACCAAAACAUUGUAUUACUGUAACAUAAUCGAAGAUUGUAGCAGUCAGUAGAGUGUGCCACCAUCUCUAACAUUAUCAGCCAAUGACCAGGCACUGCAUUGCUUAGCUCAGGAGAGCUUACAGAACAGCUCCUGCUAGGAGCCUCUUGCUCCCAGACCAGAAGAGGAGAGGAAGUGAGUGCUGUUGGCAGACCCCAGUUAGGAACUCAAAACAUUCUAAAAUGGCUUGACUACUUACUUUGGGAUUUGCCGGGGCACUCCUGGUGCAAUAGCUAAAGCACCAUGUAGUGAUUAAGGUGCAUGGGGCGUUCCUUUAAGCACCUGUAGCUUAAUGUGUAUCCUGAGAUAGCAUCUUAUAUAGAAUUAUUUAUUAUUAAGUGUUUAUUCAAUGGCACCCUUUCUCACCACUUAACCCUGAGCAGGUCUCUGUUUAUUUCCUUAAAAUGCACUGACUAAGUCUUCUCUUCUUCACAGUAUUGUUUAGUGAAAUGUGCAUCAUUUGUUGAUUAACCCUAAUACUUGGGGCUACCUAAAUAUAUUGAAUUUAAAAAGAAGUGUGGUGUUUCAGUUAUUGAGGAAAGGGAAUGUAUAUUUUAGCUAUAUGGUCUCACAGGUGUACUGAGUGUUUACAGGAUUAAUUAGUUUAGAGAGAGGGGGAACAGUGCAGUAAAUACUAAUAGCUAUACAGAUAUCAUAGUGGUGAUAUAUUAGUGUUUAAUCUGUGCUUGUAAUCUUAACUACUAAGAAACGUUGAAGGAAAAUGCUCAUAAUUUUUAUUAUUAUUUGAAAUAAAAGAUUACAUGCA